CUGGCCACCAAGGCGGCCCGCAAGAGCGCGCCGGCCACCGGCGGCGUGAAGAAGCCCCACAGGUACCGGCCGGGCACCGUGGCCCUGAGGGAGAUCCGCCGCUACCAGAAGUCCACCGAGCUGCUCAUCCGCAAGCUGCCCUUCCAGCGGCUGGUCAGGGAGAUCGCGCAGGACUUCAAGACCGACCUGCGCUUCCAGAGCUCCGCCGUCAUGGCCCUGCAGGAGGCCAGCGAGGCCUACCCUGGUGGGGCUGUUCGAGGACACCAACCUGUGCGCCAUCCACGCCAAGAGGGUCACCAUCAUGCCCAAAGACAUCCAGCUGGCCCGCCGCAUCCGCGGGGAGAGGGCUUAAGCCACAAGCAUUCCACAAUGGCCAGGACCAAGCAGACCGCCCGCAAGUCCACCGGAGGCAAGGCCCCCAGGAAGCAGCUGGCCACCAAGGCCGCCCGCAAGAGCGCGCCGGCCACCGGCGGCGUGAAGAAGCCCCACCGUUACAGGCCCGGAACCGUGGCCCUGAGGGAGAUCCGCCGCUACCAGAAGUCCACCGAGCUGCUCAUCCGCAAGCUGCCCUUCCAGCGGCUGGUCAGGGAGAUCGCGCAGGACUUCAAGACCGACCUGCGCUUCCAGAGCUCCGCCGUCAUGGCCCUGCAGGAGGCCAGCGAGGCCUACCUGGUGGGGCUGUUCGAGGACACCAACCUGUGCGCCAUCCACGCCAAGAGGGUCACCAUCAUGCCCAAAGACAUCCAGCUGGCCCGCCGCAUCCGCGGGGAGAGGGCUUAA